AUGAAGAGUAUAUUGUCACCGCCACCAUCAUUUUGCUUCGACAAAAAUGCAUGGGAUAUCUCGAGCCUUAACGAAAAGUGGGUAAAAUGGAAGCAAAGUUAUGAAAUAUAUAGUAAAGCUUGCGAAAUAGAUAAAAAACCAGUGGAAAUACAAGAGACCGUUCAUAAGAGCAAGCUAUUGGUAGGUUUAUGUCUGUACAAGUACUCAGUGCUAGGAAGCGCGGAACAACCCGAAGGCACAUGCCUGUCAUUGAUUCAAAGUUAUAAUAUGAUUAGCUGUAUAUAUAAAAAAAUGUUAACGACUUAUCUAAUUGUAUUUUUGAAAAGUCUAGAAAAAUACCUGGAAUAUGUUUUUAAAGGAAACUUAAAAGAUUACGAUGAAACUUUCAAUCUCGCCAAGAAAAUAAUGAAGAUCGUUGGUCUUCGCAUGACACUGAAUGACACAAAAUUCGCCAGAAUGGGUUGGAAUUUAUUGUUCUGGUUUAAUUUUAUGAACGUCGUUGUAUCUGUCAUCCUGGAAUCGACAAAUAUGUUUCUAAUGGCUUCUGUUGGGACGUUCCUCGACUUGUUCACCAUGAUGCCGUGUGUUGGCUAUCUAAUAGUCGUACUUUCAAAAGCGUACAGGAUAAAAUGCUACCGAUCAGUUUUCGAGAAUCUAGUGUAUGAGCCAAGAGAUAUGUGGCCUAAAGGAAACAUCACAGAAGAAGAACAUAAGAUAAUAACCGACGCUCUGGGCCGACUGCGGUUGGUUAUGAAAGUGUAUGUUUUUUGCAACGCAUUGCUGGCUAAUAUUUUCUCAGUACCGCCCUUGAUCUCUUGGAUUGAAAGUCGAACUGAUCAUGAAAAACAGCCUAUACUGCCUUUCUUUUAUUGGCUUCCUUUCGACCCGUUUGUAGGAUAUCGAUACGAAAUUAUGUUUGUAAUACAAACAUUUCACUGUUUUCUCGCAGCUGGUUUUAUGCUAAGCGGAGAUUUACUAUUUGUGGUAUUCCUAAGCCAUAUAACUACACAUUUUUCUCUGCUUGCAAUCAGAAUUAAGAAAUUACUGUUCGUUCCUACAGAUGAUCAACUCAUCAAAUCUUAUCCAUUAGCCAUAUAUAGCAAAUUACUUGCCAAAAAUAAUGAUAAUGAGAAUUCUCACGAUCUCAAAGAAAAGGAACAGAUGUUGAACGAAGAGUUCAUUUCUAUUAUUCACCAACAUCGAGCUCUGAUAAGGCUAUCUGGUGAUGUUGAAAAUAUGUACACAUUUUCUCUCCUUGUCAAUUUUCUUAAUAGUUCGAUAAUUAUAUGUUUCUGCUUAUUCUGCUGCGCGUUCAUCGAAAAAUGGAGUGAGGUAACAUAUAAAUUGUUUUUUGUAACAGCAAUCAUGCAAACUUGGAUGCUAUGUUGGUAUGGACAACAAUUACUUGAUACGAGCACAGGAGUUGCAGAAGCGCUAUAUAACUGUGGCUGGUACUUGGCAUCAAAAAAAUUAAAGAAAUCUAUUCUUAUAAUGAUUCAUAGAUCACAAAAGCGCGUAUACAUAACAACUUAUGGUUUUUCAAUAAUAUCUUUGGAGAGCUAUUCAACGAUUCUAAAGACGUCGUGGUCGUAUUUCACGCUUCUGAUUAAUAUGUAUAAGGGUUAA